UUUGCUGAGGUUAUGCACCCAACUGCUUCUGGACUCCAGCAAGUUUGUUCAACACCAGGGGAAGGACAGACCAAGCCCUCGGGCACAUCUCCGGGGCAGUCUCCAGGGAGCUGCAACCGGGACGCCACUCCGAGCACACUUACUCAGGACGAGACGCCCCAGCUCUGUAUUAGGCCUGCCUCCCAGGGUACAGACUUCCCGAUCCAGCCCAAAAUAGCCCACGCAUUCCGACUCCAGGCUGCUUCCCUCCCUCGCCUUCCACGCCCCUUCCUCUGGCACGUCUCUCCUCUUCUUCUUCCAGUCUUAUUCCUCCCUGCUCUGCUGCCCUUGGUUUUCCCUCCCCGGAGAACCAGGUAGACGAGCCCCAGCGUGCGUGUGCUUGCAGCAUCCCCGGGCGCCACCCGGCAGCUGCGACCCCUGGGGCAGGCCGGGGCCGGUGGGCGUGGCGGCCGCGGGGAGGCCCGGGAGGUCCUGGAGCAGAGCUCCGCGCUCACUCGCAGAGGGACGCGCUGGAGAGCGUGCGCUCGGGCUCGGGAGCAGCAGCCUGCUGGGGGAGCAGGGCCGGACACCUCCUCAGCGCCCGCGCCGGCCCUGCCCGUCCUGCACCGUCUCUGGGGCUUGGCACGGACGGCGACCGCGCUCACUGCGCAGGCAGAUGUCCCUUUAAGGUCUGCCCAGCCUGCUGUGGACUUUAGCCGAAAAAGGACCCGCGAUGCUGGCUUUAUUUGUCCAUGCCUCUGCCUGAGCCCGGGAAGCUCGCCAGUGAGACUUCGCCUGCAAGCGAGGAGGAGCGGAUCCCGCUGCGGAGGUGAAAGCGUGCAGCCCACUGAAGGGGAGUCGCUCAGAAGUCAGGACCUCACUCCGGAGCCAGGGCCGCGCGGCCGCAGCCGAGGACGAGACCCACGCGGACGGCGAGGGCGGCCCAGAGACGGGGCGGCGGUGCCCGGUCCGUCCGCGCCCUCGAGCCCGCCGGGGUUGCUGCCGCUCCAGCCAUGGCGCCCCGACGCCCCGCCAGCCCAGAGCUCGCCGUCGCCUGCCUGUGGCUCCUCACCGGCAUCUGUGAAUCCUUCAAUGUGGACGUGAAAAAUUCCAUGAGUUUCAGUGGCCCAGUGGAAGACAUGUUCGGAUACACUGUUCAGCAGUAUGCAAAUGAAGAAGGAAAAUGCAAAUACUUAAUUUCACUUUGUGGAACUUACUUUCAUCCUCAUAAAAUUUUGUUUUCUCUUGUAGUUAAUACAUCAAUUCCCAAUGUCACAGAAAUAAAAGAGAACAUGACGUUUGGAUCAACUUUAGUUACCAACCCAAAAGGAGGGUUUCUGGCAUGCGGGCCCUUGUAUGCCUACAGGUGCGGGCACCUGCACUACACCACUGGGAUCUGUUCUGAUGUCAGCCCCGCAUUUCAAGUUGUGAACUCCUUUGCCCCUGCUCAAGAAUGCAACACUCAGCUAGAUAUAGUCAUAGUGCUGGACGGCUCCAACAGCAUCUAUCCCUGGGAUAGCGUUACAGAUUUUUUAAAUGACCUUCUGGAAAAAAUGGAUAUUGGUCCGAAACAGACACAGGUUGGAGUUGUGCAGUACGGAGAAGAAGUAACUCACGAGUUCAACCUUAACAAGUAUGCGUCUACAGAGGAGAUACUCGUUGCAGCGAAAAAGAUACGCCAGCGAGGUGGCCGCCAGACAAUGACAGCCCUCGGCAUCGACACGGCGAGGUGCGUGCGUAAGAGCAGACCGAAGAUUCUUGGCAGCUAUAACAGGGGAAAUUUAAGCACAGAAAAAUUUGUAGCUGAAAUAAAGUCGAUCGCAAGUAAACCCACUGAAAACCAUUUCUUCAACGUCUCCGAUGAAUUGGCCCUGGUCACUAUUGUGAAAGCUCUGGGAGAAAGAAUAUUUGCCCUGGAAGCUACGACUGACCAGUCAGCGGCUUCGUUUGAAAUGGAAAUGGCUCAGACUGGCUUCAGUGCCCACUACUCCCAGGACUGGGUCAUGCUUGGGGCCGUAGGAGCCUACGACUGGAAUGGGACAGUUGUCAUGCACAAGGGAAACCAAAACAUAGUCCCUCAAAAUACAACCUUUCAAGUUGGGUCCACGAAAAUGAAUGAACCUCUUGCUUCUUAUUUAGGUUACACCGUGAACUCCGCCACUGCCGCUGGAGACGUGCUCUACAUCGCGGGCCAGCCUCGGCACAACCACACAGGACAGGUCAUCGUCUACAGGAUGGACGGGGGAGACAUCCAGAUCCUCCAGGCGCUGCAGGGAGAGCAGAUUGGGUCCUACUUUGGAAGUGUUUUAACAACAAGUGACAUUGAUAAUGAUUCUAACACUGACAUCCUUCUCGUUGGAGCCCCCAUGUACAUGGGAACAGAGAAAGAAGAACAAGGAAAAGUAUACGUGUACACCCUGAACCAGACGAGGUUCGAAUAUCAGAUGAGCCUGGAGCCAAUGAAGCAGACCUGCUGCUCCUCUCUGAAGCACAAUUCAUGCACAAAAGACAACAGCAACGAGCCGUGCGGCGCUCGUUUUGGGACAGCCAUCGCUGCGGUGAAAGACCUCAAUCUGGAUGGAUUCAACGACAUCGUGAUAGGCGCUCCGCUGGAGGACGACCACGCCGGGGCUGUGUACAUUUAUCACGGGAGUGGCAAAACCAUAAGGAAAGAGUAUGCCCAACGUAUUCCAUCUGGUGGGGACGGCAAGACCCUGAAGUUUUUCGGCCAGUCUAUCCACGGAGAGAUGGAUUUAAAUGGGGACGGUCUGACUGACGUGACCAUUGGGGGCCUUGGUGGCGCGGCCCUUUUCUGGUCCCGAGAUGUGGCUGUAGUUGAAGUCUCCAUGAAUUUUGAACCCAAUCAAGUGAAUAUUCAAAAGAAAAACUGCCGCGUGGAGGGAAAAGAAACAGUGUGCAUAAAUGCUACAGUGUGUUUCACUGCGAAGCUGAGGUCCAAAGAGGACUCCGUGUACGAAGCUGAUAUGCAGUACCGUGUCACCCUAGAUUCCCUGAGGCUGAUAUCGCGAAGCUUUUUCUCCGGCAUGCAGGAAAGACGGAUUCAGAGAAACGUCACUGUCCGAGAAUCCCAGUGCGUUAGGCACUCCUUCUACAUGUUGGACAAGCAUGACUUUCAGGACUCCGUGAGAGUGACUGUGGAUUUCAACCUCACUGAUCCGGAAAACGGGCCUGUGCUGGAUGAUUCUUUGCCAAACUCCGUGCAUGAAUAUAUUCCGUUUGCCAAAGACUGUGGGCAUAAGGAAAAAUGUAUUUCGGACGUCACGCUGGAUGUAACCACCAUGGAACAGGGCCAGUUUACUGUCAAGUCCCAGAACGACAAGUUCAACAUUAGCAUCACGGUCAAAAAUAAAGGUGACAGUGCUUAUAACACCAGAACCAUCGCACAGCAUUCUCCAAAUCUAAUUUUUUCAGGAAUCGAGGGGAUCCAGAAGGACAGUUGUGAGUCACAUCGGAACAUCACAUGCAGAGUUGGCUACCCUUUCCUGAGAAGAGGAGAAACGGUCACUUUCAAGAUAUUAUUUCAGUUUAACACAUCUUACCUCAUGGAAAACAUGCUCAUCCAUUUAAGUGCAACAAGUGAUAGCGAAGAACCGCCUGAGACGCUUUUUGAUAAUGAAGUAAAUAUCUCUGUUCCAGUAAAAUAUGAAGUUGGACUACAGUUUUACAGCUCUGCAAGUGAAUACCAUAUUUCUGUCGCAAGCAAUGAAACUGUCCCUGAAGUAAUUAAUUCUACUGAGGACAUUGGAAAUGAAAUCAAUAUCUUCUACUUGAUUAGAAAAAGAGGACAUUUUCCAAUGCCAGAGCUCAGGCUGUCCAUUUCAUUCCCCAACUUGACGUCGGAUGGCUUUCCCGUGCUGUACCCGAGCGGGUGGUCGUCUUCCGAGAAUGCAAACUGCAGACCUCACAGCCUGGAGGACCCUCUUGGUAUCAAUGCUGGAAAGAAAAUGAUUAUAUCAAAAUCCGAGCAUCUGAAACGAGGCACGCUUCUGGACUGCAGUACGUGUAAGCUUGCUACCAUCACGUGUCACCUCCUGCCUUCUGACCUGAGCCAGGUGAACGUCUCACUCAUCUUGUGGAAACCAACUUUUAUAAAAACUCAUUUUUCAAGCUUAAAUCUUACUAUAAGGGGAGAGCUUCAAAGUGAAAAUUCAACACUGAUUUUAAGUAGUAGCAACCAAAAAAGAGAGCUUGCUAUUCAAAUGUCCAAAGAUGGGCUGCCGGGCCGAGUGCCCUUGUGGGUCAUCCUCCUGAGCGCCUUCGCUGGGCUGCUGCUUCUAACGCUCCUCAUCUUGGCGCUGUGGAAGAUUGGAUUCUUCAAAAGGCCACUAAAGAAGAAAAUGGAAAAAUGAAAUAUUUUGUAAGAGAAAAGAACAACAAUUAUUCAGUGACCUAUCCUCAGGUUUGCCUCAAAUAUGUGACAAGAAAUUUAUAAUAUAAUCACAAGCAAGAGGUCACACAAUGCAGCGUAAUCCAUCAAGGAUUAAUGACUCCAUAAAUGACACAUCAAGCGUGACCCAAAAAUAGCACACAAAAGAUAUAUUUUGUAAAACAAUGGAAAUAUUUUAAAUAAUGACUCAUUUUUUGAGUAAAUAAAAUUACAAAGUGUUUUAAAGAAGAAUAAUUUAUACAAAUAUGUUUAUACCUUCAGUCACCACCCAAAGUACAGUGUUUAAGGAGCACAGAGUUUUAUGAUCAUUGAUACAUCUAAGUUUGAAAUAAUAUAAAUUAAGAUUUUUUUCCUGAUUCCUGAUGGGUGUCCACAUUCAGCUUGACCGCAUUUGUACCUGCCAAGAACUGCCUGAAGGAGAUCGCUUCUCCCAGCUCAGGCGAUAAUGCUUCUUCUGCUAGAGCCCAUGUCUACGUGGUCUGAAAACACCUUUGUGUCGGGCUCUGUAGUUGGGAAGGAUUCAUGUGUGUGUCCUUUUUCCCAGGUGAUUGGAAAAUAGUGCAACUGAGCUGAUAUUCUGUGUAAAUUAGAAAUCAAGCUGAUCAUUGCCUAAAAACAAGUGCACUGAAUGGAUUAAUUUAAAAUUUUAUAGAACAUGUUUAAUUUUGAUAUUGAGCUUUAAAACACAAAACUUGUUAUGCAGGGAAAAAAAAAAAAACACUUACAGCAGUUCUGUGUAGCAAAGCAGUGAUCUACCAUGAAAAGCCAUGUUGUGAGGCGGGCAAGCCAAAAUGGUUUCGGAACAGGACAUGUCAGCGUAGGGGGUGACCCUGAAAUGCUAAAAUCAUCUUUGCCAAGCAGCUUGCGGGAUGCUACACAAAGGAGUUUUCUGAACUCCUGGUACAGCGUUCGUUCGUUUAAACCCCCAGGCUGUGAGACUAUGUUUGUUUUUCAUUUUUCAAAAAGAGACUUAAUUUUCCAAACACAUUUCUUAUUUCUAAGAGAGAUAGUAUUCCGCUUCAGUGUUGCAUCUUACCAAGAAAUUACUUCAGUACUGAAAUAGAGCCCCAGAAAUGUUUUUGGAGAAUUUUAAGUUUGGAAGCUCAGACCAGCAGGAAGAGGACACACGGCCAUGUGCGCUUUCUGGUCCUGGAGGUAGCCCUGGCAGCUGGCUGCUUGGACUCCGCCGCCUGACGAGGUGCCAGGCUGCCCCACUUGCUAGGAAAGUAGCGGUGGACGAGCGUGUGCAGCUGCGUGUGAGCGCUGCCGCCGCCGCUGAUGCGUCUCCAACAGCUCCGUUUCCUCACCUCACUUACUAUCGCAGCGGGAGAACCGUCGGUGGCUACAAAGUGCGGGCCUUUGCUUUCGUCAUGCAAGAGGGAGUGAACAGAGAUACCAGAUGCUGUGGGCUUAACUUUUUGAUACUACCUUUUAAGGAAUUACCUUACGUCUCAGAGUCAGCCUACGGGUUGGCUGUCCACCUAAGACCCUGAAGACUAGAAAUGUGUCUGGGGGGUGCCAGCAUCACCAGGAUUGGAAAAGAAGGAUAAAUCUUUCGAGAGCUUGACUGUC